AUGAUGUUUCUGAACGCCUUGGUGCACUACGCCGGCUCCACCGCAGCUGCUGGGAAAGCCCUGGAGGACUUGCUGCGCCGGGCGGCCGAUACGGCCGAUGAUGCGUGCGCGCGCCUGGCAGCGUGGGCCACAGGCUUGGCGAAGCCCGAACGCGAACUUGUGGCAAUCCAAGUGCGUUUGCAACGAGAAGGCUUAGGUCCUGGUGAGGAUCCCUGGGAGGAUUUGCCCGUGUCCAACAUGCCCGGCUUCGAGCAUGAGCGCGAGCGGCGCCGGCGCCAGGAGUUCCUUUUUCUUGGUGGGAGCCGAUCAGGAAAGGGAGCGCGAAGACCAUCUCUACGCUUCCCGCGGGGAGUGUCGUUGUUGCCCCAGGUGUGGAAAAGUCAUCGAGAAGGCUGCAGUCAGAUGCAAUGUGGUGCGCAUGCGCACGGCACAAGACAACAUGGAGAGGGAUGCGGCCACGUCUUCGAUUGGAGUCAGGCUCCACGAUACCAAGCCAGCAUGGCCAUGGCGGAAGAAAAGAGGCAGCCUCCUGGAUUCUCAGCCAUCCUGGCAUGGGUCAUGCAGCAGCUGGAUCGGCAGGAGUUCCAGUCUCCAGCAGCCCUGGCCGCUGCAGAGGCGGCCCUGCAGGGCUUGAGUCCGGAGGACCGGCGCUACGCCUUCGGCAACGCCUGCGCCUGUGCGUUGGCCAAGAAGAACGACGCGCGGCCGGCCCUGGCGCAGGCUCUGACAGAUGCCAACAAUCAGAGACUGCGCGCGGCUCUGGGAUUGGAGGAUGAGCGCUUGGCGCGGGUGGCCGCCGUGCUGUGCGAUCCGGGGCAACUGGCGGCGUCCGAGUCGUUGGUGGCCGCAGUGUUUUUGGGGCGCGACAACUGGGAAGAAGUGGCUGGAAAUGGAGAGAACCGAUGUCGACUGAAGAAUGCCAUGCUCAACUUGUUGGUGGUGGUUCUGGGAGUUCCAGAUAAUAACCAUCUCACCAUGAUGCUCCUAGAGCCCACUGCCAUGCUCCACAGCUUCCCGGUGGGCUUCGUUUAUGGUGCCAUGCCGGGGCCGGAGGGCUAUCACUUCGACUGCGGCUGCGUCUUGGACGCACAGGGAAGGGCACGGCCGGCUAGUCGCAAUAGGCAGCCCUUGACCAAUCCGCAGCUGCAUCUGCUGAAUUUCUGUUCCUGGACGAUGCUGGCGUUGGGAUGUUGGAUCUUUCCGGAGCUCUGCAAUGAUAUCACGCAGGUGCUCACCGAAGGCUACAUCCGCGAAGUCGAUGGCGGUCGGCGCGACGGCGUGCCCUUCGCGGAUAGCGUGCGCAGCUUUGCCAUGAACUACGCGCUCCAGUGCUUCGAGUGCGUUUGCAGACACCAGGGCUUGACGGAGGAAGACCGAUCCUUGGUUUUCUCACGCCUCUUUCAGGACUUCCGCCAGCAGGCGGUGGCGGCUUCCCCAGCCUUCGCGCGCACCUUCGCCACGGCGGAAGCCCGGCAGCACUACGAGGACCUCUGGCGCGAGAUGAUCGAUGGCACCCUGCAGAGCUUGCCGGAGCUGAGGACUCAAGCGAUGCAAGACUCGGCGGCGCAAAGUCAACUGUUGAAGUUGCAGCAGUUCCGAUCCUCCCUGAGUUACAUGCAAAACUUCUUCCACGAUUAUGAGAUCCUCGGCUGCGGGGCAAAAAAUGUCAAAUGGAACACGAGGCGUUUGCAACUGCUCACCGUCCAGACCGUUCUGAGCAGUGAAGCUGUGGGGGCGAGCAGUUCCAAGCGCCUCCCCGGUGAGACACAACGGGCCAUGUGGGAAAAUCCGGAGGUGCACAGCGAGACCGGUUACAGGCAACAACAGGGAGACACGAAAUGCACCCUGGCACUGCCGGUGGAAGAUGACCUGAAGUUUGUGUCCGACCUGGUGAAUCGACGGGAAGAGCUGUCGCAUUUGCCGUUGCUGGAGCAUUUCAUUCGCAUUCGAAAUUGGAUCUUCGAUCGCUUGGAUGGUGCACUGCCGCAGCAGUACCUCGAGGAACCUCUGAAGAAUCUCUUGGAGCGAGCGAUGCAGAAAGACGAGGAGAUGAAUCAUCGUAGCAAGAAGAGUCAGUGUCAAGCCACCUUGCGCUCGCUGAAGCUCUUCAUUGAAGGUUGGAGGGCCUUCUACGACGCCAACGGCGGUGCCAUUCCCAUCGAGUGCCAAGCUGGCCGCGCGGCUAUGGGCUUGGCGGCGGAAGAGACCCGCCUGGUGCCAAUCGGCGAGGGCGAGGAGGAGCUGCCCUUGAGUUUCUUCUUGAGCUCUCAGCCGCAGAUGGUUGUGAAGUUCCUAUGCACCAGUUGGAAUGAGCUGGUGGACUCUGCUGCCUUGGCACUGGAUCAACUCGGUAAGAGCCAUGCCACGACUUGGGCCACGCAGAUGAAAAAGGCCGCGCCAGCGGCUCGGUUCGCAAUCGAUCCAGCUUGUUGCGGUUUCCAUGGGAAAAAUCCAUCGAAGGAAACUCAUGUGAUCCAAGGAUGGUUUCAUGGAGUUAUAAAAAAGGGGUACAACAUAGUAUAA